CGAUGGGUACCGUUACUUACUGCUUCACUCUUGUGUGAAUAAUGUUUCGAUUAUAAAUCAUUCCUAUAUAUUGUACAUUCAACUGCCUAAUAUGAAAAAUAUUGAAGAGAAGUAGUGUUUCAAUUAGAUAUUUUAUGCACAGUGAUUCAAAUUAAAUCAAAAGAAAUUUAUGACGAAAAAAGUUCAAUUUUUAUAUUUAACCUGAAUUCACUGAGCGAAUGAAUGUUCGGUGUCAGCUAAAGGUGUGAGUGGAAUAAAGAGAGUGGUGAAGUUUGGUGCUAGAAAGUUUCAUCUAGGAAUUCGGAAGUGCUUUGCUUUUUCCUCAACAUUUCAAUAAGUAAAAAAGACUAUUGUAAACUGAUAUUGUGAAAUGUGGAGUUGAAAAAUUUGGAAACAUGAUGAAAACGCCUGGAAUUUGUAUCAUAAAGUCUUUAGUAGUAAUGACCCUAACGAUUGCUUCAAUUCAAGGGAAUAAAGCACAACCUAAUUAUGGCUUCAUUUCGAAGAUAUCAGCUGAAGAUGGUCUCAUUAGUCAUAAUUUUCAAAACAAACGGAUCGAUCUGGAACAUAAAAUUAUAGAAACACAAAAAACUAUUCUCAAACCAAAAUGUUUAGAACCAGAUUCUUCAACUGUUCUGCACAAAUCAUUUGAAAGAUCAGACGAUCAACUGUUCUCAAAUACUAGAGAUGGAGACAAAUACAUUUUGUACAAGAAUAUAGAAGAAGCUCUCGAUAGUAACGACGUAGAACUUUCAGCCAGGCACACGGACAUUUUACCAUCAAAAACUAGGAGCUGUUUAUUGAUGGAGCCAUCUACAAGUGCGUCAUUUGUAGGGGAAGAGAUCAGAGUUAACCAAGCGCGAUCACUGACCAUUUCAAUCACGCCAACCUCCAGCAUUGCCCACCAGAAUAUUGCUCCUUUUCACAACCAUCUGCAUGAUGCUAGACAAGUAAAUCCAGACAUACAUGAUAUAAUAACUGGAAUAGUAAAAUUAUUGAAUGGCAAUGUGAAUGUACAAGCCAAUACAGUUCCUGUUUUGGGAAGGCCUAUGAGACCUACUUCUUCGAGAAUAAAUAAUAGAGGACCUCCAAGAAUAAGCGAUUUACCGGCUCUACCGAUAGAUUUCGAUAUGUCACCACCCGCUCUUUCACCGCCUCCAGUAGGUCAGAUACCCCCUCCAGUUUCUUCAAAAAGAUUACCAACUCCGUACCCUUUCUAUUUACCGCCACCUACAUCAUCUUCUAUGGAACCCUAUGAUGACUAUAUUACAGGACAUAAACCAUCUGAAAUUUAUAUACCUACAGUAAUUCCUCCAUGGAUUGAUAGAUUUCAACAGAAAAGGCCGGAAUUAGGAAUUAGACAUCCGAUUCCUGCAUACAAACAUCCUGACCCUUCACAUCUGACUACUGAGAAACAAACGGAUGAUAUUUUUACUCUACACCUCGAUAUGCCUUCUAAAAAUGAGGAAGACGGUAUAGAGGAAACUGCAACUCUCAACAGUUAUAACGAAAAAUCAGGUCAUGAAUCAGCCUAUCCUGAAGGAACAAAAAGUUCAAUUUUUGAGAAUUUAGCAAAACAAGAUAAUGAAACGUUUGAUUUUGAAAAAAUCGAAAAGAAGAUUAAAAAGGAAAAUGAACAUUCAAACAACAUAACUGGUGAAUCGAAAACUUCAUUACAGAAUUCAUUAUCAGUUGAUAUAUCUACAGCUACCCCUCUGAUGAAUUCAAGUUCACAGGAAAUUACGAACGAUAUAAUUGAAGAACAAAGUAAACGCGUUUCUGAUUACUUAGCAUCAGAUAACCAGAUCACACAAAUGUUUGAAAUAUCUGCUUCACCAACGGAAAGUUCCAUUAGAAUAACAAUACCGAUGAACAAUGAGACAAUUUUUCAUUCUGAUGAGGAAAUAGCCCUGAGUACCAUUUCAGUUGUAGAAUCUUCAGAAGGACAAGUUAUACAAGCUUUCAAGGAAGUGAAUUCCAGUAAUUUCAUUUCACCCACUUCAGUUUUAUUCAUUUCUGCAACUAAUGGAGUUAUCUCAACAUUGAGGAAUUCAACAGCUGAACACUCAACCUAUAUUAAUGUAUCACAAGAUUUCCCCUAUAAUCGUUAUACACCGAGGCCAGGGAUAGUUUUGGAUGACACUGAAUACCAGCCAGGAAGUCACAGACAACCAAUACAUACAAAACCUCCAGUAGAAUUGGGAGAUAUAUUCGAUAUAACUGUUUCGGCAAUGCAAGGACCUGGUGAUAAAUCUAACAAUCAAGGAAAGCCUUAUGUUAUUCCAGUCGACAUAGAUAAUGUUUAUGUAGACCAAGAUGUCAUUACAAGUCUUCAAGGGGAAAAUGGCUUUGUAUCAAUCGACGGGAAAAGGACAUAUCUUAAUUUAUUUGGCGAAGUGGAAGCAACAAAAGUACCAUCGCCAAAUAUAAAGCAAAGUGAUGGAUCGCUAAGCGAUGUUAUAGCAACAGGUUAUGCAAUACCUGAAUCUAUUGAGAAAAUAUCAAAAAAGGUUGGUUCCAUAAAGCCAACACAAAUUCAAAGAAGGCCACUCUUCGGUAGACCAAAACCAAAUAAUCCACCAGUAAGAAUUGAUACUUGCAUUGUUGGUGAUGACUCCACAUGUGAUAUAUCUCAACAUGAAAUGUGUCUGACUGACAAUGGCAUUAGUGCUUGUCACUGCAGACCUGGAUUUACAAGGAACAAACUCAGGGAUGUUUGUAGAAAGAUUGUCUCUGUACUUCUUUCACUUCGUGUUGAUAGAAUUCACGAGAGAAAAGUUGUUUGGUUGAAUGAACUGAGUAAUAGAAAUUCUGAUAUUUAUCAACAAUUGGCCUAUGAAGCUGGAAGAGCGAUUGAAUCAGCUAUGUCGAUGACCCCCUUUAGUGAUGAGUAUUUAGGCGCUAAAGUGAAUAGCAUAUACAGUGGAGAGAGAUCAGCUGGCAAGCCAGGAGUAUUUGUGAAUCUAACAAUUCAUUUAGAUGAAAAUGCUGAUACAUCCAGACCAACUGUUAAAGGAGAUAUACAAAAGCAUCUGCUUGGGGUUAUACAAAGAAGAAGUAAUAAUGUUGGAAAAAGCGCAUUGUGGGUCGACAGUCCCGUAGGAUCAGUGUUAUAUCUUCAAGAUUUGGAUGAAUGUGCCUCCCCUGAGCUGCAUGAUUGUCAUCAAUUAGCGAAAUGUAUCAAUGUUUUUGGUGGGUUCCGAUGUGAGUGUGAAGAAGGCUAUAGAGAUGAAUAUUUGGAUAGUAAAUAUAGAGCAGGCAGACACUGUGAACAAUGCCCCAAUCAAUAUUGUAAUAAUAGGGGCAAAUGCAGAUAUCAAGACAAGCAAGAAGUAUGCGAGUGUUCUGGAAACUAUUACGGAUAUCAAUGCGAGCUUGAUGGUGAAGUACUGGGAGUGGCUAUUGGAGCAAGCGUAACAGCUAUUAUAAUAAUAGGUCUCACAUUAUUAGCACUAGUCAUGUGGAGUCGCAAGUGGCAGAGAGAACAGAAGGCAUGUGUUGGAAGCCCAGUAUUCGGUUAUAUGGCAGCAGCAAGCAAUACUGUAAAAACACCGAUAGUUGGUGGGCCUCCGUAUCAGUUGACUUUAGAAGAAAGGCUUCGAUGGGCUCAACUUGCUGAUGUCAUGGCUCAAACUAAUCAUUAUGCUUCUGAGCCAGUUGCUCCAACGAGACCAUCAUCUGCGCUAUUCGGAUAUCCUAGUAUCAGUUCAGUUCAGAGGAAUUCCAUCCAUGGGACUCUUCCUCCAGUGCCUUUACCACGACUUACAUUACAAGCUCAAAUAGCAAGCAGAACUGCUAGUUUGCACGAAGAUAUUAAGCAAUUAGAAAACUUCAGCUCCAGUGAAGAAGAGGAUAAAGCAGAUUUAUUGGAUAGAAGUUUUCAAGUACCUAGACCAAAGAGCAGAAGUAAUGCUUCUAUUACUAAUCAAAGUGGCAUCUACUACGACGUCGAUUAUGAUCAGAACGAUGUUUACAAACAUGGUGGAGGAAUUCCAAUGAAUACAUACAGCAUGAGACGUCCACCUUUUUUCCGAAGCUGAAAUAUAUUAUCCUUCAUCAGUCUUCGUGGUCCAUGAGAAAAGAAGACGAAAAGUUGGUCUGAAUCAAACUUCACUCAAAGAAACUUGUAGUAUGUAGCGAUGUACGAUUUCUUACAACUGAUAUUACAACUGAUUCGAGCGGAAUAUAUAAUUCAUUUUGAAUAUAGUGCUAGACUGCUGUUGAAAAUAUAAUAUAUUUCUAUGGAUUCA